GUGUUCCGACUGUGUUUGCUCGGAUAGUCCGGUUAACUUUUUUUCGUCGUUGUUUUCAAUAAAUUGGCAAAAACACGCGCUUAGAUAAAAAAUACGGGUUACAUACUUGACUAUAAGUAACGAGCGUGCGGAUCUUGGAGAUCUCGCGACAUUUCCGUGUGAAUGAAUUAACGUUACACAACAUGUUUAGUAACAUGCAUGUUGCGAAAGCCGUGUGGUGCGUGCUAUACCGGCUCAUUGUUGCAGCCCUGCACGCAGCAGAGGAAGCCGAGAAACUCUGCAGGCGUUAUUAUUUUAAGUUUAAGUCUGUUAAAGUGACUAGUUUAUCAGCGGCGAGGUCUAUUUCCUGGUUUGGUUGCAGCACAGCUGGAUUUUUUCCAACAAAAUGCCUGAGGGACCAGAGCUCCACCUGGCAAGCCUCUACGUGAACAAAAUGUGUAAUGGAGUGGUGUUUACUGGGCCGGUCAGAAAAUCUGAGGUCAGCAAGAGUCCUGAUGUGCCCUUCACCUGUGAGGCUUAUCGAAUCACAGCCACUUCCAGAGGGAAGGAAGUGAUGCUCACGCUGACACCCAUGAAGAGUGAUGAUCCAAAACGGAGGGUAAAGGCAGGACAGGCAGACCGGCCCAUGGAUAUAGUCUUUCGCUUCGGGAUGUCGGGUUAUUUCCGCUUCACCACAGAGGAUGAGCUGCCCAAACAUGCACACCUGCGUUUUUAUUCCAAAGAGAAGCCCUGCAGAGUGCUGAGCUUUGUGGAUGCACGCCGGUUUGGCAGCUGGCAGUCCAAUGGGACAUGGCAGCCUGGCAGAGGGCCCUGCAUCAUGUUUGAGUACAAAAGCUUCAGGGAGAACGUGGUGUCGCACUUGUCCGACCGCGCCUUUGACAGGCCCAUCUGUGAAGUCCUGCUCAAUCAGAAGUACUUCAACGGUAUCGGGAACUACCUGAGGGCUGAAAUCCUUUUCAGGUUGAACAUCCCACCCUUUGUCGCUGCCAGGACCGUACUGGAAGGCCUUGAGUCAGAAGAUUCAUGUGAAAAUGAGAAGCCUGUGAAAAAAGAGUAUGCGGACACAAAGACCCCAGACAGAGCUUCACAGAAGAGGCUGAAAGGCGAGACGGGUGACCUGCUGAGACUGUGUAAUAUAGUACCUCUAGAGGUGGUGAGCCUAGGGGGAAAGGGCUACGAUCCAGAGAAGGCGGACUACUCUGACUUUGAGGCAUGGCUGCAGUGCUACUACGUGGAUGGAAUGAAAUCUGUCCGGGACCACAAUGGUAGAACUAUGUGGUUCAAAGGAGAUCCAGGCCCCAUGGUGCCGAAAGAUUCAAAGUCACCCAAGUCAAAAAAGAGGAUAAAGAAAGAAGACGACCAUGAUUACACAGACAAGAAAAAGGUGGCCAGAAGUCGCUCUGCAAGCGCAACAAAGAAGUUGGUCAGAAAGGAAACUGUGGCUAAAACACCAAAGAAUAACAAGGAUGCACGUCCAAAGGAAGCCGGAUCCAAGAGAAGAAAGACAGAAAUAAGCGCGCCUCCGCAUGAGAAGAAGUCGGCUGCACGUAAGAGGAAGAGCAGCGGUAGCAGUGCAGAGCCAACAGCUUCAUGUCCACAGAGGCGGAGCGGAAGAGUGACCCGACAGAACGGCAAAUAAAAACAAGAACGAGGGAGGAACCGUUGUAUGAGACUGUUUUAAUAUUUUUAUACUUUUUAAAAUAAAAUCUUUUUUCUACGAAA